CACCUCUUUAUAUCACCGACAGAAGCCCAUUCAAGCCGGACUGCUGAAUCAGCCGAGAGCUGCUGUUUGAGAUUUCCAGGAAAGAUGAAAUUCAGCAUUGUCAGCCAACUCUUCCUUUGUCUGCUGAUGGGGGCUUUCAUAGGUGCCAAGCCAGUCCAGGAGGAUGGAGAUCCCUUUGCGGAACUGCCGGCCUUGCCCUACUGGCCUUUCUCCACCACAGACUUCUGGUCCUAUUUCGAAUACUUCCAGACGCUGGGAGCCUACCACCAGAUCAAUGAUAUGGCCCGGACCUUCUUUGCUCAUUUUCCCCUGGGCGCCACCCUGGGUUACAAUGUCCCUUAUCAGGAAGACUGA